AUGCCUUUUCAUCGCCCCCGGUUAUUCCGCUACUGCUGGCAGACGAUUUUGGCAUCCUUGAUCGUUGUAUAUUCGCCAUUUGCGCUUACCUACGCGCUGAACCCCGAUACCUGUUCUUCAGAUCCCUACCUAUCCCUACUGGAUUUUCGAACUCGAUUAUCAACCUGUCCGCUUCCCAUUGAUGAGGAUUCAGCGAUUGACACCGGGUCUUGGGCACCCUGGAAGCGUCGUCCAUACUGCAUAGAGCCAUACCUCGACGGGCCCGGGCCUUCGUUUUGCGUGUACACGUUCGAGCCCUUCCGCGGAGACCAAGGGAUCAGCAUAGUCACCACGCCAGCGCUGGCGGCGAGUGUAGUGGAUGUCCUGGACGAUGCAAUUGUGCCACCUAAGCUCAAAGACCACUCGGUCGAAGCUAGCCAGAACAGUCCGCCAUACACCAUCGGCUAUAUUCCCAACAAGGGGAAGGGACUGAUCGCGCAGCGGCAGAUCCGCAAGUGGGAGGUCGUUUUCGUGGACUACCCUUCGCUGCUCGUGCACCUGGACGUUUUCGACGUCGUAGAUGCCGAGGCCCGGCAAGACCUUCUCGAGCGAGCUUUGCACCAGCUACCGGAACACCAGCGGGAUGUGGCGUUGGCUUUAGCGCGGAGCACGGGGGGCGAGCCGAUCGAAGAUAUCAUGAGAACGAACAUUUUUGGUGUUGAGAUGGGCAGUGAUAUACAGCACCUAGGGUUGCUGCCAAUUGGCUCGAGGAUAAAUCAUGAUUGCACACCAAACGUCUUUUGGCGAUACUCGGAACGAACACUGGCAGUAGAAGUAUUAGCGUUACGAGACAUUGAAGCUGGAGAAGAGAUCACGCAAAGUUACGUCCCCCUCGGGCUCCCCUACAAAGAACGCACCGAAGGUCUCAAGAGUUGGGAGUUCACGUGCAGCUGCUCCUUAUGCACUGCCCCGAAAUCCCGACGCGCCAGAUCAGACCAGCACCGAGACCGACUGCAACUCAUCUACCACCAGCUGAACGAGGGCGCGACGGGGAAGGCAGACCUCUCGGUAAGUACUGUGGGGAAGCUAACGAGGGAGAUGGAAGCGCUGGUGCGGGAAGAGCAGCUCGAGGUGCAGCUGCUCGUGUACUACGGCGCGGUCGCGAGGGCGUACUUGCGCGUGGGCGAUGUAGCGGCGGCAAGGAGAUACGUUGAUAGAAAUGAGGAGCUGUGGGCGCGGUAUGCGGGUGACGAGCAGGAUUACUUUGCGGGGAUGGAGCAGCUGCGGCAUGAGUUGGAGGAGCGGGAGAGGGCGGCGUUGAAGAGUGGAAAUGGAAAUGUUUGAUCACAUUGUAAUUCGCACGUCAACCUUAGACCAAACGAGUCCAGUGAUCGACGAUGAAUUCGAU